AAGACCAGACAUGAAAGAAUUGCAGUAGUCCAGGCAGGAUAUCACCAUGCCCUGGACAGUAAGUUGCACAGAGUCUACAAUUACCUUCACAAGGCAGGGGAAGACUGUACAAUGACUAAGUACUUAUCAGUGAACGUUAAACCGCUUACAGCAGUCCUCAUUAGGGUCACCGUUUUUCAGCACUAGCGCCCUCUCUUGGCUAGCAGGGAAGCGGCCUGCUGACGGGUCACCGUAAGCCCAACCCCCUCUCCGGUAUAUCUCCAAAUUGAACAUGGACUCUGCCACGGAAGAGCCUAGAACAAAGCAAACUUUUCGCUAAUAACACAGCCACGUCAUAAGAGACCCUGAGGAUCGCGGUGCGCCGCGGCGGGCCGCCAGGAUGCUGUGAGGUCGUCGCCAGGUGCCGGAAGGAGAACAUGGCUGCGGAACUGUGCCCUAGUAGCACGAGCACCAGCCUCCCGCGCGGCAACGGUGUCAUCGCGAACGCUGUGAGUGUGAGCAAGAAGAGCGUGCCACAAGUGACGGAGACAGUGGCGGCGGCGGCGGCAGCAGCUGCCGCGAGCGCCACCACCCAGCAUAACCUGAACAACAACAACGUCGAGCCGUGCAGCUGGCAGUCGUCGCACCCGACGCUGCGGGAGAGGAAUGCCUUAAUGUUCAACAACGAGCUCAUGGCUGAUGUUCACUUCAUUGUGGGUGCCCCUGGAGAAGCACAGAGAGUGCCGGCCCACAAGUAUGUUUUGGCAGUGGGCAGUUCUGUAUUUGGUGCCAUGUUUUAUGGUGAUCUCGCUGAGGGGGAGUCUGAAAUUCAUAUUCCAGAUGUGGAGCCUGCUGCUUUCCUGAUUCUUUUGAAGUACCUGUACAGUGAUGAGAUUGAACUGGAGGCUGAUACCGUGCUGGCCACACUGUAUGCUGCCAAGAAGUACAUCGUACCAGCACUAGCAAAGGCCUGUGUCAACUUCCUGGAGACGAGCCUGGAGGCAAAGAAUGCCUGCGUGCUGUUGUCCCAGAGCCGGCUCUUUGAGGAGCCUGAGCUGACACAGCGCUGCUGGGAGGUGAUCGAUGCACAGGCUGAACUAGCACUUCGCUCAGAGGGCUUCUGUGAGAUUGACCGACCCACCCUGGAAAUAAUCUUGACACGAGAGACACUCAACACAAAGGAAGCUGUGGUCUUUGAGGCCGUGCUCAACUGGGCUAUGGCUGAAUGCAAGAGACAAGGACUGGCUGCCACAGCACACAACAAGCGCAGUGUGCUGGGCACAGCACUGUACUUGGUGCGUGUGCCCACCAUGAGCCUGCAGGAGUUUGCUGAUGGGGCGGCCCAGUCGGAUGUUCUGACCCUGGAGGAGACGCACAACAUCUUCCUUUGGUACACGGCAAGUGUGAAGCCCAAGCUGGAUUUUCCACUGGCACGCCGCAAGGGGCUGGUGCCACAGCGCUGCCACCGAUUCCAGUCGUCAGCGUAUCGCAGCAACCAGUGGCGCUACCGGGGACGCUGUGACAGCAUUCAGUUUGCUGUGGAUAAGCGCAUUUUCAUUGCCGGCCUGGGUCUGUAUGGAUCAAGUGGAGGGAAGGCUGAGUACAGCGUCAAAAUCGAACUGAAGAGGCAGGGUGUGAUCCUAGCCCAGAACCUGACCAAAUUUGUGUCGGACGGGUCAAGCAGCACCUUCUCGGUGUGGUUUGAGCACCCGGUGCAGGUGGAGCAGGAUGCCUUCUACACGGUCAGUGCCAUCUUGGAUGGGAGUGAAUUGAGCUACUUUGGACAGGAAGGCAUGACAGAAGUGCAGUGCGGCAAGGUGACGUUUCAGUUCCAAUGCUCCUCAGACAGUACCAAUGGGACCGGCGUACAGGGAGGACAAAUCCCCGAGCUGGUAUUCUAUGUUUAACCUGAGGUGUGCAUUUCUGUUCCACCACUGGAGCAGAGGAAUGUGCACAACCUUCAAAACCAGCUUCUGUUGUCCUUAGGAUGCAAGCAGUGGGACCUUCUAUGACACUAUGUGCUUGUCAUUUGUUUGAUGGAUGUCAUUCUUUGACAAACAUUAAUCAGCUGUUUUUAUUUAGAGAAUUGAUUACAUUUUCAGUGCUCCAGCAUGCAGUUCUGUUUCUACAGCUGUAAUGUCCCAUGUGUGGAGCCCAUUUUACUGAACACUGAUUUGUUUGUCGAUCAAUAAAAUGAUUGGAGCACAAUUUACAAACCUGUAGACCAUGAAAGUGCAAAAUGUGGUCUGACCUCCCAGAAGU